GCGCCGAUCGGGAGAGGUUGAUUUUGGGGAGGGUCGGGGGAGAGGAUGCAAUGAGGCUCCCCCGGACUGGGUGAUUUUUGCAGCUUGCCUCCUCCUCCCCCAGCCUCCCCCCGGCCUCGGCUGGCUCGCUCUCCAGUUGCUGCAUGCGGGGCUGUGCCGUGUGCCCGCUCCCGGAGCCGCCGUGGCGCACCUCCCUCGGCCCAGCGGCCGGCAGCCGUGGGGGGGGGGGGACGCCUUUUUGAGAGUAUCCAUCCCAUUUUUAAGAUAGAGAUAUUUUUUUUAUUAUUAUUAUUUUCAUCCUUACCUGUCACCUUUGUCUUAGGGGGAAAAAAAAAUAAUUAUUAUAUAUCUAUAACAUAAUAACAUAACCCCCCCCCCCUCCCCAGCGGGCAGCCCGAGGCGCCCGGCACGGGGCAGUGCGGGUGUGAGCGCGGGGGGCGCCCCGCCGCCCCACCGCCCCCCGCCGCAGCGCAGCGCGAUGCGCUCCGGGCUCCGCGCUGCGCAAUAGCGCGGCCGCCGCUCGCAGACCGCGGGCUGGGGGCGGCCGGAACCGACCGCUACCGAUUCCCCGUUGAUGUCCAUGAAUGCAAACACCAUGAUUUUCAUGAUCCUGGGCGCCUCUAUCGUUAUGAGUUGACCAGAUGCCUUGGUUAUGGGCUCUUACAGGCAAUAGCUUGCUUGAUGGACAUGAAUGCGUUGCUGGACAGAUUUCACAAUUACAUCCUACCGCAUCUGAGAGGGGAAGACCGAGUUUGUCACUGCAACUGUGGCAGGCACCACGUCCAUUACGUCAUUCCGUAUGAUGGGGAUCAGUCCGUGGUGGACUCCUCGGAGAACUACUUUGUGACUGACAAUGUAACCAAGCAAGAGAUCGAUCUGAUGCUGGGACUGUUGCUGGGUUUUUGUAUCAGCUGGUUUCUGGUGUGGAUGGAUGGGGUUCUCCACUACGCCGUGCGAGCCUGGAGAACCAGCCGGCGGUACGACAAUUCCUGGUCUUGGAUCCCAAAGUUUUGUAACUUAAAGGAGUUCAGAAAACGUCACCACAGGCAGUACGAGGAGGCGACCGGGAACAUGGUGCACAUCAAACAGAAGCUGUACCAUAACGGGCACCCCAGCCCGAGGCACCUCUGAGGACCUCCUUCCCCUCCAGAGACUGCAGUGAGGUUUUAAAGAGGACUUUGCUCAUCUUCCAGGGGAACAGCUCUUGGUUUGCCCCUCUCUGGAAGCCAGCGAGGACAUCAUUUUAUUUCUCCAUCCCGUGUGCCCCCCCUCGGCACACCACGAUGCACAACUAAGCCAGUCCUGGAUGCUACGCAGCCAAGACAUUGCACUGUGUUCCACGUUUUAUUGUCAGACUUGUGUACAUAUGUAAAAAAAAAAAAAAAAAAAAAGCAGACAAAACCGACAAGAAAAACAAAACAAAACAAAACAAAACAAAACAAAACCAAAACCAGAAAAGAGAUUUGCAUUAUGCUUUCGACCCCCCUUUUCCUGGCAUUCACGGCUGUCCUGCACAUCCAGCUGCCCUGCGGGGAGUGUUGGCCGAGGGUAUGGAGGUGGGAGCGCAUGAAGAAGAUGCGGGCUCUCAUCCGAGUGCUAGAAGCCCCCCGUUUCUUUGGUCCUUUGGUUUGGUUUUGCUCUUCUCUGAUCCUUCUGUUGCUAAAAUGGUGGCGGGUUUGGACAGGGGCUGCUGCCAGCCGGAUGGGACGGCAGCGUCCCUUUGCUUCGGUUCGUGUUUUCGGGCAUUGCUGUGGGGGAAGGAACGUGUGAUGGAUUUGUUCUUCGUGUUGCUGCACAUGGAAACCUGCCUUAAGCAAGCUGAGAAACCUUCCUAGCAGGGCGGCAGCUCUGUGAGGGAUCAGCCCACGCGAUGGGGCUGGUGCUGUUACUCCUUGCUGCUGUUCGAGAGGGUGGAGGAGUGGAUGGGGCUGAGAGGCUUUACACCUGGCUUGCACCCUGAUCCACGUGCCGCGUGGAGCACUGCAGCAAGCUGGGCUUGGCCCGAGGCUCGUGGGCCUGAAGCCAGGAAGGGCUGAAGUCAAAGCAAUGGAUGCUCCUGUGGGGUUUUUGGUUUUGCUUCCGCUGGGCACAGCUCAGGUGUGGGUUUCAGUGUCGUUGCGACGCCUCUGAAGCCCCACUCCACACCCGGAGACCUUCGUGUCCCAAUGAGCGGCUGGGAGCGAUGCUCGUGGGCAGGGAUGUGCUGGGCUGGGAGCUGUGUGCUGUGAGCCAGGGAGGAGCCGGAGCUGAGAACCAAAGGCGGUGGCCCCGCAGCUGCCAUCGCUCCUUCGUUCCUCCUUCCGUGGUGAGCAGGCUUGUGUUCAUAUGGGAAAAUGUCCAGGACUAAAGGAUGCUGAGUGGUAGCAGGACUGCUGGUUUCUUCUGCGGGUUCCUUGGCUCUGUCGAUGGCCUCCUGUUGUUCGUUUGCAAUGUCAGAGAAGGGAAAAGGGCACCAUGACCCCCAGCUCUUCUCCUCCCUAUCCCAGCUUCUCCACCUCGCCUUUUGGUUGCUUCCUAUGCCCAGGACCAGUUCUGUUAUUUAUGAGCCCCAAAGCCGGCCAAGGGCCAACCACAGCCGCUCUCCCCACUUCCUACCUUUGCUGUCCCAUAGCGCCUCUUGUCUUGGAGUCCCACUUUCUGUCAUAGCCCCAAUAGUUGCCCAGUCUGUACUUGUGUCUGUCUGCUUGACUGUCUGUCAUUUGGACCUCUGCGAUGCCCACAGCCCCCUGUUAGCAUCCGGGGAGCGACGUUUCCUUUCCAAGACACGAGGCUUUGCAGCUUCCUUUGUGUGCUUGCCCAUAGGGGCGCAGCCUCCGGGGACAGAAGGUGCCCACCUCCAUGGGCUCAGAGCCAGGGCGGGCUGGCCAAGCUGUGCUUGCCCUUGUGCCCUGCUGGCACGUUGGGGUUGAGCUGUAGCACAGAACAGGUGGGCGCCAUUCAGUUCUGAGUUGAAGAUGGGGCAGUGUUUUGCAGGGGAGGAGGUUCCACCAUGAUGAGGACGAAUACUGAGCCUUUGGAACAAGUUAUGGGGGAAAAUAAGAUAAAACAAAGAAACAGACCACCUUUGAAUAAGCAUUCUGCUCGGUGCCUCUCACAAGAGGGGUUCAAAGCAGCGAUCUCAACUCAGAAUUGACCAGACUGGCUUUGUCCUUCUCUGGAAUCCGACUGUGGUUGAAACAUUAACUGUGAACCUUGCAGCUGGAGGGAGGGAGGUGGCAGCUCACGUGGAUCAUCACAUCCACACCGGGAUGUCAGAUGUCUGUUAGGCUCUGGAAGACAAAAAACCAACCCUGCGUGGUGCACAUCCCCAUGGUUUAAGAACAGGAGGUUUCCUAAUCUGCUGUGGCUGCAGCAAUCACCCACGUGAGCUUCAUUUUGUUUACGCUCAGCCAAAAAAAUGAAACAAAAUAGAAAAUACUCUCAGUGCAAUUCAAUUCGAUGGGAACAAUCCACUGCUCUUGAAACCAUGGGAUGCAGCCCUUCCUCGCAGAGCAGGACAAAGCCAGCAGGGUUACCCCCAUUGGCUCUUAUCCUUUAUAAACAAGGGGCAAAACUCCUUUCCACGCAGCAAGGCCACUACCCAAGUGAUGUGGUCUGUGCAAGGGCAAUGCCAGGCGAGCUCAACAGUUGGACUGGGUGAUCCUAGGGUUUCUUUUCCAACCUCAGUGUGAGAGACAUGAAGCUCUGUGUUCCUGGGCUCAGCUGGAGCUCCUGUAGGUGUGACCCUAUGGGACGUGCCCAUUGCUCCACGCUUGGGGUGAGCACUCCCAGCUCUGCAGCUGCUCACUGCUCCGUCCCUACGAGGCUGCUGCUGUUUGGCCGUGUGAAGUCUGCUGUUGCUCCGUCUUCUUUCCCCGUGCAUGUGUUCGUUUUGCUUCCGUCUGGGUGUGGGGGUGUUUUCUCCUCGUUCAUUGUCUGAGAUGUACUUACUGUUGACUUGUUUGUUGUUCCCUGAUCCAGUCUUCCCUCCCCCCCAAAAAAAACCCCCAAAACAACCAACAAAACCAAACCAGACCACAACAACAACCCCAAACCCAGCAACAGCCCCACGUGAAAAGGGUCUGGGUGGGGAGAAAAGCAGCGGUGGCAUUGGGGAGCAGUCACUGCAGGGUCAGGGCAUUGCAGAAUAGAUGGUGUGGGGUGCAGAGCUUGGACAAGGAGUGGGAUUGUGCUCCGUGUCCCAGAGCUCGGCCACCAGAUGCUCCGAGGGAGGUUCCUGCAGCAUUUGGUGGUGGAGGAACGUUGUGCAGCCUCGGGAGGGGUUAUUUUUAGAGCAGAGAGACAGCGCUGCAAACUGUGCGUGCUGAUCCUCCGGAGCUGGGAUUGGUGCUGGAAACAUCCUCCCUGAGAGCAGCACAUGGAACCCAACCUGUGCCAGCCCUCCUCUGCUCCUACCGCGUCCCUUCUUUGUAGGAGAGCCAUGUGCUAACGAAGGCCGCCUCGUCCAGUUGCUUCCUAUCUGGAAUCACUGUGGCUACAUGCUGUAGGAGGCCCAGGAGGGAGCCCAGACCCACAUCCCAAGCUUCACACCAUGGCAGGGUGGUCUCGGUGGCUCUCGCUGCUGUUCUCUACCUCAUUUUCCAGUUGCACGUGGCUGGGAGAAGAGAAUACCCAGUCCUAAAGGAUUGUAAAGAGCUGCUGGGAUGGUGAAGGAAGCAGAGCAUCUCCCAGGAGAAGGGAAGGCUUCACCCAUCUGUAUGAGUACCUGGAGGAAGGGAGAAAAGAGGACAGAGCCAGGCUGCUGCCCAGGGAUGGGACACAGGCAAUGGGCACAAACUGGAGCGUCAGAAAGCACUCUGUGCAUGGUGAGGGUGCUGGAGUGCUGGCACAGGUUGCCCAGAGGUUGUGGAGCCUUCUCUUUGGAGAGAGAAGGAUGAGGUGACCCCACCCCAGGCGGCGCUGCUGGAGCAGGGGCUGUGCCCAGAGGUCCCCCCUAAACCUCAACCGUGUAGAGAUUCUGCAAAACACAAAGCUUUGCAGGUUGUGGUAGGGAACUGAAGCUUCCCUUCAGCCCACGAGCCAGUAUAUCAGACUGUGGGAGGCACAUGCGAACAGCAGGAGCCCUCACUUACCUUGGGUACCAUCUUGGAGGGCACAGGCAGGAGAGCCUUGGGGCAGCCCCACUGCAACGCCACCCCCCCCCCCCAGCUUCUAUGAUGGGAGGGCUUCAAAGGUAGAAGCAGCCAACAGAAGCUCCCAGAGCAUCUCUAGAGGUGAAAGGCCAGAAGUGCUUCCAUUACUCACGCAUUCAGCAGAAGUAGAAAGACUUUUGGACCAGAAUGCAUUCACCCCGAGUACGCUGCUGGAGCAGAUGUGUCUUCCAGUGGUAGGGCAGCAUGCAGGGGAGCAGGGCAAUGCAGCACAGGAGGAACCUCCUGGGAUUGCCCUGCAGUGAGGACACAAGGGCAGACCCCAGGGUGCUGCUAUCCCUGAUUGUUAAUCCUUUCUUUCUUUCUUUCUUUCUUUCUUUUCUGCAUUCGAACCCGUUCUGCAUGCAUCAGACAGGAGAGGUACAACUUGAGUUGAUAACAACAGAGGGAGAGGUUACCCUCUGCUCCGAGUCCAAGCCCAGAGCAGUCCCUACUGUAGUUGAAAAGCAAUAAUGGCCAAUUUUCUAUUAAACACACCUGCCCGUGCAGAUGGCAUUAGGGCUGCUGUGCCCGAGCUGAGGGACGUCCCGGAGCACGUGGUGGGGGAGGCAGCAGGAAAAGCACACUGUGAUUUUAUUUGGGUCAACGAGCGAGCGUAAUUCAGCCAUUCCUUCCCUUCCAAGGAUAUGUUUGUACCGUAGGUAACCAGUUCUGCUCCUGAAACUAAGCCCACCCUUUGCUGUUUGUCAGUAAAAUAUUCUUUUUUGCA